UUCCUAGUAGGUGGUCGAUUUUGCUUCUAAUAAUUUUAUAUAUCAUGUGUAAUACAAUUUUCUAGUUCAAUAUUUUAGUUUAUACUAGUAAAAUGCUGAAAUUGGAUGUGCAAAUGGCGUAUGCUUCUUGUGUGAAAGUGUAGGUAUUUUUUGUUAGCUUUCCAUGAAAUCUUAAAAAUGUCCGCUAGCGAUUACAUCUUGCAGUUUUUGGCAAAAAAUGUGGCAAUGCAUAACUGGUCUGCAUCAAGUAAUGCUAACAAAGCAUUAUUAAUAUAAAUUUUAAAUAGUUUCAACAUAUUUAAUCAUUCACUAUGAUGACCUCGGAGGAAUCAGAUUCAUUAAGUACUAUUCCAUCUGAUGGCCAUCCCGAAGACACAUCAGCUUCAGGUACAGAAGAGGCACCUUCCUCUAUGGUGUCAAGUGAAGCAGAAUCAGAGAGCAGUGUACUAUCAGAGCCACAGCGCCAUGAGCAGGCUGAUAUUCAGCACAGAAUAGACAUGGUCUCAGCAAAUCUGCAAGACGUAACAUCACCUGUUGAUCUACGCAGCACUGUAACUUCAUCUGUUACUGGCAGAGCCUCAAUGUUGCCAUGGGGCCCAUCGAAGGGGCCGUCGACGUCGGCGGACUCCGAUAUGAGACCGGGAGAGUUUGUGAUGAGAUUACUAUUCACAGAAUUCACAGUACAAGCCGAAAGGAAAAUGGAAGCUGUCAUGGCGGAGCCACUGGAAAAGCCUCUAAACAAAACAUUACAACGGGGCGAAGAUCCCCAACUCGAUCAGAUUCUGUCGGCGUUCGGUACGGUAGCCGAGCAUUGUCUGCCCUCGUUGCUGCGAGCGCUCUUCGGCUGGCUCGAAAGGCAAAUGGCCGACUCUCCCCAGCUCACUGAACAAACGAAGAAACCUCAAGAUCUCAGAAACAAGAGCAUCAUCUACAUAGUGUCGGGAAGCGGCGCUGGCACCGAACAAGUGGAGAGGAGUUGCGAGGAGCUUCACGCCGAGAGGAGAGAUCUCGCCGUGGAAUUCCUCUUCUGCCUAGCUCUUAUCGAGGUGCUGAAGCAGCUGCCGUUUCAUCCGGGCCACGAGGACCUCGUCAACUAUAUAGAGAAUGUUGCCUUCAAACGGUUCAACUACAAGGAAGGGCUUCAGUCCAACCCAAACGCGGCCAAUGUCCACAUAAUAGCAGAUCUUUACGCAGAAGUAAUAGGUGUGUUGGCCCAAUCUCGUUUCGCUUCAGUGCGCAAGCGAUUUACGGCGGAUCUCAAGGAACUGAAAAGCCGUGAACAAUCGUCGCAGACGACGCAGAGCAUAAUAUCCUUGCUGAUGGGUAUGAAGUUCUUCCGAGUGAAGAUGGUUCCGAUAGAAGAGUUCGAGGCCUCCUUCCAGUUCCUCACUGAAUGUGCCCAGUACUUCCUCGAAGUCAAGGAUAAAGAUAUAAGGCAUGCCCUAGCCGGCCUAUUCGUUGAAAUUCUUGUACCGGUCGCAGCGACCGUUAAGAACGAAGUCAACGUCCCCUGUCUCAAGAAUUUCGUGGAGAUGCUCUACAGUCACACCUUGGACGCGAGCACCAAGUCGAAACAUCGGCUGGCGUUAUUUCCCCUGGUCACUUGCCUGCUCUGCGUUUCCCAGAAGCAAUUCUUCCUCGCGAACUGGCAUUGCUUCCUUGCCAUGUGUCUCUCGCACCUCAAGAAUAGAGACCCAAAGAUGUGCCGAGUCGCGUUAGAGUCGCUGUAUCGUCUCCUCUGGGUAUACAUGAUCCGUAUAAAGUGCGAAAGCAAUUCCGCGACCCAAUCCCGGCUUCAAAGUAUCGUAAACUCGCUGUUCCCGAAAGGUUCCAAAGGCGUGGUUCCGCGCGACACCCCACUCAACAUAUUCGUGAAAAUUAUCCAGUUCAUCGCUCAAGAGAGGCUGGACUUUGCGAUGCGGGAGAUAGUCUUCGACCUGCUCAUGGUCGGACGUCCGAUUAAAAUAAUCCUCACUCCUGAGAGAAUGUCUAUCGGCCUGCGGGCGUUUCUCGUGGUGGCGGAUAGCUUGCAGCAAAAGGAGGGCGAACCGCCGAUGCCCAGGACUUCGGGGACCCUUCCCUCGGGAAACACCUUGAGAGUGAAGAAGACCUUCUUGAACAAAAUGUUGACGGACGAAACGGCUCAGUCGAUCGGGAUGAGCGCGUAUUUUCCGUACGUGAGGCGCGUGCUCGUCGAGAUAUUGCGGGCGUUGGACGCCCACUACGGCAGACCCCUCAUGCUGACGAACACACAGAACGUGACAAAGGAGCAAGAGAUCAAUACGGGAGAGAGGAAGCCGAGAAUCGAUCUGUUCAGGACCUGUGUGGCAGCCAUUCCUCGGCUGAUACCCGAGGGCAUGAGCCCCAAUGAGCUGGUGGACCUCCUCUGCAGAUUGACGGUUCACAUGGACGAAGAGCUCAGGGGACUCUCGUUCCAGAGUCUUCAGACUCUCAUCGUGGACUUCCCCGAAUGGCGGCAAGACGUACUGGCCGGUUUCACUCAGUUUCUUGCUAAAGAAGUACAGGACACCACACCCCAGCUGGUCGAGAACGGUCUAAGGAUGCUUUUGCAAUUGAUAACGAGCUGGAAGAACGGCGAACCGCCGACUACCGUUCCCGCGAAGACCGAGUCGCUCGCCUCUGUCAUUCGAGCCGUCGAAGCUCUAGGACUGGUGAUGCUCUGUCAGUGCAAAGCUUAUCCGAGGAGGCUGGCCGUGCACAUUCUGAGGGAAUGCAAGAGCCUCUUGGAGCGACUUCAGUUGACUCGCGAUGAGCCGGCCCUCAUCGACGCCGCAGACGCCCACGUCCCGCACUUCACGGACAAGUGUUUGGGGGCUCUGCCACCGGCCGAGAAGCAGGCCGCGUUGGCCGCCGCCCAACCGGACCUCGUGUGGCUCGUGGAGAGGACGCACCCCGUGUGGACAUGUGGUCUUCAGCAUGAUGAGACAUCAUCAAAGAACAGUUGGAGCGGCAGUUCUACCAAUGGAGCUGAUCCUUGGGAGGUAGUGCUGUACGGACUGCUGGAAAAGAACCGAGUUCCAGCCAAAUGCCCUACGACCGUCCUUCAAGCUUGGCCCAUUCUUCAUGCCAGGAUUCAUGCGCUCUAUACGAUUAUCGAGCCGGCACCUGUCAACGACAACCGGGCGUCGCUCUUGUCUCGUUCGCCGGCUUUGCCGCGGAAGCCUGAGAAAGAAAGAGACGGCUAUAUGCAAGUAUGGAAGUAUUACCUCACUAUGGCGUACCUCGUGGUACCGGCAGUCCCGAGUCCGGUCGUCCGCUGCGCAAGUCCAGAUCUAAGCCUCAGCACGGAGGGUGAACCAUGGCUCGGCCCUCACCUGACCUCAUCGAACGAGAGCCUCAACGCGCCAGUCGGUUUCUUCACGCUGCCGUUGAGCUAUGCGCGCGCGCACAGGCACCACAAGCGAACGAGUUCGUCUCCGGAUUCCCUGAGCGAGCGGAGUGGUGCUGAGACACGUGCAGCGGCGGUUCCGAGCUCACUUCACAAAUUGGCCGUGCCGCUCGCACGCUGCGAGGUGGCUGAAGUCAGAGACGCGGCUGUCGAUGCUUGUGGACACAUCAAUCCUGAUGCACUGAAGGAUCUCUUUGAGGAACUCGUACCGUUGCUACGCGAGGCAGUCGACCGUAAGCAAGAAAAUAUGCGUCGGCGCAGAAGACGCGACGCUUUGAGACUUCAUCUCAACAAGAUGCUACUCAUCAUUGCCCAGAGGAAAACAUUUGCGAUCAGCCCUUUCGCGCUAGAAGGCGGAGGUCUACACCCCGCCCUAACCGAAUAUUUAGAAGGAGUGCGUCAGAGCCUCGAAGUGGAGGCCGAAAAAGAUGCACCAGCUGCGAGAGAACAGAGGCUGACCUUCGCUGAAUUCGUCACUGAACUUAUCAAGAGCUUUCCACUGGAGAUGUAUAGUACGUUGGUGAAACGCGAGUUAUGCAAGUCACUCUUUUCGCUGUUUGCUGGUUGGUGUGGACCACUCGUGAAGCAUCUUGGGACGUUGGUGCCGCAACCGGCCACGCCUGAAGUCGAUGAGAGAUUAAAUCGAGCUGCACUUAAAGCAAUGAGUGCACUAGUGUGUUGCGGCCCUUGCUUCGCUCCGACUGCACUGGCUGAAGAUGGGACUUUAUAUCCGUGGCUCAGUGAAAUGCUUUCGUCAACUAAUGAUAAGAUAUAUGAACUGGCGCGUGAAACAAUAGUCCUUCUAUUGGAAUGUAACCCUGACAUUGGGCCCUUAUUGGACUGGACUGUAGACAAAUGCUUCACCGGAGCUCCUAGAGUGGCUGACGGAUGCUUCAUGGCACUCGCUACCAUCUUCAGUGCAAGGGAGUACCCCUGCGAUCAUUACACAGCUAUCAUUAAUGUGACACUUAUGUGUACCGGCUGUCCACGAGCCCCGGUCCACGAGAGUGCCUUGCAACUUCUACAACUACUAGACAAGCGGUUCUUCGGCACUGUUGGACCACUGCCCGUCGAAGAUGAUAGUGCAUCAGAAAAGGGCCGCGGCACAUUAGACGUAUUACUGUGCACUACCUACUGUCGCUCACAAUUAUACCUGUCUCGCCAGCUCUCUCAACUCCACCCUGAACUCACCAUGCCUAUGUUUUCUGAAAUAACAGCGCGGUUCCAGACGGCUCGCACGGAGGUUCGGCAGUUGUUGCUACAGUAUUUACUGCCAUGGCUCGUUAAUAUUGAACUUUUGGACCCGAACGUACCGCCUCCGAAUCCUCUCUCAUAUAUUCAGUACUAUGGCGCAGAGGGUGGACGCAGUGGAAGGAGGGAAGGUCUAGGGUCCGUGGAAGCGACUGAAAUGGUUCUAAACAACCUAUUCUACAUUACUGUUAAGUUCUCGGAUCAACACCCGAAGGAGAUAGAGGAACUGUGGUCAACUCUAUGUGCUUGUUGGCCGAACAACCUGAAAGUCAUAAUUCGAUACCUCAUUAUCGUGUCUGGCAUGGCGCCCAACGAACUUCUGCCCUAUGCGAAACGUGUGGUGUUGUACCUGGCGCGGUCACGUCCCGAGCGCCUCUUGGAUGAAAUGAUGACUGAACUGCAGACAGUCGAGACCCUCAACUGUCUGAUAGAGAGAACAGAGACUCCCCCCUUCUACCGUCUCACCUCUAUGAGAAAGGCCACUUCGGGACACAGCGAUGGACCAGGUGCCGGAUCACAGGAUGCCACCGGGCGUACUUGCGACUUGGCACCAGUCGAAAAAGGCACGAUACACACCAAACGACACAGCGGAGAGGACCCUGCCAAGGCUGCAAGCGUCAAGUCGGAGACACCUGGUCGUAGUCAGGACAAACGUGCUUCUGCACCGCCUUGUAUCACUCCACCGGCUGAUGAAGAUCCGUGUCCACCUUCUGAAGGAGAUGCCACUCCGACGGGCAUUUGCCCCGAGGGUAUAUGCGCCAGUUUGCCAUCGACCCCACAGGAUGCGCGCAUGGACGUAUCGCAACCGCGUCCGUUACCGAUGCCUGAAUAUGGAGGCUUCUUCGCUCUACUCACCGAGUAUCUUCCAGAUACUAAUCAACCGGUGUCAGGCUUUCAUAGGUGCAACGUAGCCGUUAUGUUGCUCUGUGAUGUGGUACUGGACGGCGUCGAACUGGAUUGGUCAAUUCACGUACCUCUUAUGCUGCAUAUCGUCUUCUUGGGCAUGGAUCAUACCAGAUGGCUGGUGCACCAACAUUGCCGUCAGUUGCUGUUGAAUCUUUUGGUAGCUGUUGCUGCCCACCACGACCACUUAACGGUUGCUCGGGUGUUGCUAGCAGCAAGAUCGGCACACCUUGGACUUCCUCUACCGCCGCCGGCAUUGCCACUUACCACACACAACUUUACUGAGCCUGACGCGAUGUUCGAUGGACACGCCCAAUGCACACAUUCACCGCGAGCGCACGCACGCUGCCCCCCGUCAGACCCACAGGUCACACCCGAAGCUGAAGGCGAAAACUACCCGUCCCUCCCUGUGAUAGUGACGAACGAAACCGAGGCUCCUCCUCCAGGUGGAGGUGGUGAGGGUGAGGGGGAGGGGCAGGAGAUUACAGAAUUGCCUGUCGCUGACGUCAUCAAGAGCUUAGUGCAUUUCCUAGCGAGCAGACCAACACAUAUGCCACUGUGGCAGUAUGAAGAUAUCACAGCGAAAGUUUGGUCUCUCCGCAGCUGCCAACAGAUGGCGACUUUACUGAAUCAUGUGUUACGAAUAUUCCGGGAAUCGCUACCACACGCCCUGAUCUCCGAGCGUUGGGCGCAAACAGCUUUGCAGCUGGGUCUCUCGUGUCCCUCCCGACAUUACGCUGGGAGGUCGCUACAGGUGUUCCGAUUCAUUGGUGUAGCAAUGACGGGUCGUAUGGUCUCAGACAUUUUAUCCCGAUUAGUGGAGACAGUGGCUGAACAGGGAGAAGACAUGCAGGGCUAUGUAACAGAACUUCUGCUCACCCUCGAGGCGGCUGUUGACUCCCUGGAAUCGAACUUCCGGCCCCUGGAUUACAUGCGAGACAUUUUUAAGAGCACCCCAAAUUUAAACAACAAGGAGGUGCCGCAACCAAACGGAAAUAUGUAUAAUGCUGGCAAACGAUCUCCGGGCGUCUGCGUGGGCUGUGUGAAUAAUCACACACGCAGCACGAGUUACUCUGUGUCGUACUGCGUGCGUAAAGCGAACGCGGCUACGACCCACUCGCCACACUCGACACACUCCACUCACUCACCAAACUCGCCGCAUUCCGACAAACAGUCGCAUGAGAGUCGAACGCGUCCGUGUAGUGAGGCCGUAAAGGGUGCAUGUUCGAAUCUUUGUCGUUCACGGUCGGCACAAUCGCUUAAACUUCUCGGUGACUCUGCUACACAGGAUGACAAGCUGACGAUCCUCGCAACGGUAUUCUGGGUGGGAGCGUCAGUUCUCGAGUCAGAUUACGAACACGAGUUUUUACUCGGCGUGCGACUUCUCGCUCGUGUCAUGGCGAGGUUGCCCCUCGACCGGCCUGACGCCAGAGAUCGCCUCGACAGGACACAAGUCCAUGCUCCACAUUCGACUACUUCACUUCAUUCGUUGCUGCUGAAGGGGUGCACGCAUCCGAACACGUACGAGCCCGUAGUCGGCGUACUAGUGGACAUGAUCCCACUAUUGGAGUUACCGGUCAUUGAUCCCACCCAGUCCCUGGCAUUCCCUAUGACGGUGGUGGCGUUGCUGCCUUACAUGCUGUUGCAUUACGAGGACGCCAACGAACUCUGCGUACGAGCCGCGUGCCACAUCGCACAGUUUACGGCAGAGAAAAGCAAGAAACUAGAGAAUCUCGGAACUGUGAUGACGUUGUAUUCGCGUCGGACCUUCAGCAAGGAAAGCUUCCAAUGGACCAAGUGCGUCGUGAAGUAUCUGUGGGAUACGUAUUCGCACAUGUCGCUGCAAAUGCUUGCCUUUCUCGUCGAGGUUCUUGAGAAGGGUGCCAUAAACCUCCAACUGCCAGUGCUGUCCAUCCUGCACUGUAUGCUUUACUACGUUGAGCUAAACACUGCGGCUGCGCAGCCUGUUAAUGCUGAUCUUCUCCGAGCCGUCGCCAAGUUUAUAGAUCAAGAAGGAAACAACUACAAGGAGGCGAUGAAGAUUCUCAAACUGGUGGUGACACGAUGCUCAACUCUCGUCGUCCCGCCCCAUUGGGAACACGCCCUUGACCCACUCAUUCAUAAAAAGGAACUACCCGGUCGUACGAUGGAUUUCACGUUCGAUUUGUCCCAAACACCAGUGAUCGGUCGCAAAUAUCUCCCCAAAGGGGGCAGUCAGCCCCCCACGGGGCCUAAUUCGCUCUCAAAUGCCUCAUCGAUCACACCUGAUAAAGGGUCGGGAUCGUCAACGGGUUCAGCUUCCACUGUGGUGGGGGUAGAAGGGAGUAACGCAGCCAGUGCCCCGCCACACUACGCCGCGUCACCGCGACGGUCGCUCUCUUUGUCGCCCGCAGACGCAAUGGCGAGUGGCUGGCGAAGACCUUGGAUGUCCCAGAGCCGUGUCCGUGAAUGUCUGGUGAACUUGCUGACGACGUGCGGUCAGCGUGUUGGCUUGCCGAAGAGUCCAUCCGUGAUCUUUAGUCAAAGCUCUGAGCUUCUGGAGCGAGAGUCAUCAAUGGCGUCUUCUUUGGAGGAAGUGUCUGGAACGCCUGGAAACGACCCCUCUGGUGGAGCACCACCAGACCAUUUCGGAGUAUUUAAGGACUUUGACUUCUUGGAGUAUGAGAGCGAGAGUAUCGAGGGUGAAAGCUCCGACAAUUUUAACUGGGGCGUGCGUCGACGCCUCCCGAGUGAGGAGCGCGAAGAACGAGAUGAUGGGAUGAUGCGGGAACGACCCAUGCUCGCUCCGGACUUCCCUGAUAGGCAUCACCACACCGCGGUUGGACACGAAGAUUCGUCUGAUGAAGAAGGCGCUUGGGAGGAGAGCGGCGGCCGUGGAGAGGGCGACGGGGCUCAUGACUUAAUGCUUCGCCCGAGGGCGUUGUCGCUUUCCAGCGCUUCAAGCGGCGAGGCUCUUCAGGAUGGUGAGCGCGGCGACCUCACCCCAGUUGCUGGAGCUAUGCGUGACGCGUGGCGUUGUUCCAUAGCUGUCCUGCUGCGACACGCGAGUCAACUGCCACCCAUGACUCUGGUUCACAGGCUUCAUACAGUACUCAAGGAAGUGACAGCAAAAACUAUAUCGGUGUGCGGCGAAGGGGCGCUGGCCGGUUGUGUGGGAUUGACAGGAGGAGUAGGGUUGGGGGGUGGGGAGUUGAGUGCUGUUUUAGAGCGCUUGGGGACUGAGGAACCGCCCUUGGUCUGGUGCGCACCGCCCGUUGCCGAAUGCGCAAGAGUCAGGGACGCGGUGCGGUACGCGGCCUUGGAGAUUAAUGAGCAUUUGGAGACCUACUUCGAUAGACUUGAGACUUUGGAAGUGUCACGAAGCGCAGAGGAAACUGGUCGCUGUCUUUACAAGCUGAUAUUCCAGCUUUUGCUACUACUCGAGACCAACAACAAAAUGGUCGUAGCGGUGUACCACGCGGCCCUUGAUAACCGGGGCGUAGAGAUGAGUGCGGCAGUGAGCAGCGUUCGGGCAGCUCUGGUGUCGCACGUCGCUGACUCCUGGGAGAGCUCUCCUUCUCCUUCGCCCCAUGAUGAUGCCCGACUUUUGCAACUCAUACAGCGGCAAAGAUGGGGUGCGGCACUAUCCUUGGUGCGUGAACGUAACGCGGAGCGGAUCUUAGAGCUUGGUGAAUUGCCUGAAGAUGAAGUAACUAGCCUUUUGCAUGUCUACUGCAAGGGGCUUUGGCAGGCGCACCCAGACAUGGUGGCGAUCACACGCCCCGUCAAAGAACUAUCUCAAAACCUAUCCUUCAUGAUGGAGAGCCUCUACAAGGUGUCUGUAGCUCUCCAAAGGCAAGAGUUCGUGUGAGAUUACCACGCCCAUUAGACAAUUUAUUAGCCAUUAACCAUUCGAUGUAUAAUGAUCUUGUUAGGUUUACGUAGAGCUUAGAGGGCACCAAUAGCAUCUUGCGAUGGCCCAAGUAUUGCCAAAUUUACGAAAACUAUUUUCUUUCUUUACAAAUGUAUUGAAUAUAUUUUCUAAAUUACGAUAGAUACGGAAUUUUACCGCUGGUCUAUCUUAUUGAUCUUGCAAGUUGGUGGUGCCUUCUGCGCCUAUACAUGUCAUUGGGUUUUAUCCAUAUAAACAAGUGCUAAUUACGCACAUAGGAAGUAUAUUCAACGAUUCGAAUGCACGACAUCAGGAUUAAAUCGCACGCUUGAUUACUCCUAAGUGCUUUGAAUCGCUUAUAAACACACCUCAAUGUAAUGUACGAGGUUUAGGGUCUCUAUUUCAAUACUCGCUUUGCAUCAACCUGUAUAUAGCUUUAUACUGUACAUGUGUACUUGGCUUUUAAAUUAUUAAGCUUUAUCAAAUGUAUUUAAUGAAAUUCUCAUUAUUCAGAUAUCUCUAGUAUCUGUUUUCAAUUUAGAAAUGAAAUUUGUCCUUUUAAUACUCAGCCAUUACCAAAAUACGUAUAGUCUUGUCUAUUUAGAGCUAAGAUCUCUAUGUUUUAAUGCCAAAAUUAGUUGUGUGCAUUAGUACGAACAAUAAUAGCGCCAUCUAUGAAUGCGUCUGACAAACUAUAUGUAUUAUUUAAUUGGUAAUUUUAACAGUGGACUAUGUUAGACAAGUGAGAUCUCAGUUAGAAUAAUGUUUGCACGCGGUUCGACAAAGCAAGUUUAUUACUAGAAGGCAGCAUGUAAGCUUUUAUCGACUUUGGUUCUAAUAUUAUUAAUAAUUCAAAAUGAGAUUUAAUAUAAGUUACUGAAACAGAAAGAUAAAUGUUGUGAAAUAUAACCGCGUGUCUUUAACCAAAUAUUUUCCUCUCAUAAAUGUAUUUGGUCAUUAUGACCUCGCUUUUUAUCUAUACACAAUUUCACAAGCGUAUUUGUUUAGAAUAAUUUGUAAGUAGUGAAGCUGUGAGUAAAAAUACUAAUUUAAUUCAAUAAAUAAAUACAAUAUUA